AUGGCAUCUCGUUUAAAAACAACAAAAUCAUUAGAUUCAAAGGAUAAUAAGUCGCAUCUUCCUGCUCUAAAUCCUUCGUUUGAAAGGAUCAAAAGGGUCUAUAUUGCGCAAAUUACGAAAGCAGAUUCCAAGCCCCAAAAGGUAAUUUUCGAAUAGUCCAGAUUGUAGAUAGACUAUACUUGGGAUCAGUGGGAGCUGCUUACACCCUUGCAGUAUUAAAAAAUUUUAAAAUCACUCACAUUUUGACGCUCUGUGAGUGUUUACCACCAAAGUUUCCUAAUGUAAAUUCUACUUACUACUUUUUCAAGAAAAGGCAAGGUAUAUAGCAAAAAAUCUGAAUUUUUAUGAUAUUUAUGAAAAAAAAUUUUUUUAAAAUAUAUUUGAUAUAAAAUUAAUAAUUAUUUUUUAAUUAAACCUCGAUUAAUUUUAUUUUUACAACAUUGAAAAUGUCAGUUAGGGAUAGGUCCUAGCUCCUGUUCAAACAGGAUGGACCUAUAAACCGAGCUUAGUGAGAGAACUUCAACUUCUUGAGAGUCUCGGCUUGAUAGAGAAGGGUCAUUGCUGUGUCUGGCACUGACUAGAGAAGUCUUAACGGGCUUAUUAACUUUAACGGUUCGAAGGCUAGGCCGGUUCACCUACCGUUGCUCAGAGCUGUUAAUUUAGCUGAACCUCAAGAAAGGGACUUUAUAGGCAUUCAAGAUGCUAAAGUAAUUCUUUAAACUUAAACUUAAAAAUUUUAUUUUAAAUUAGAAAAUAGUCAUAUAUGAAAAAUACUUAUUGAAUUGUGUUUAAAAUAGAUUAAACGCAUAAUUAUUAACAUUUACGUGAAGAGUUAUUUAAAUUAAAUUAAAUGAUCAUGCUGGCCAUAAGCGGGAAAACCACUAGCCAGCUCCAAAUGCCGCCAUUUUGGAUUUCCGACUAAACCACUUGUCCAAGGGAUCAGUUUCCUAGGGCAGAGCCACCGUCUGUAGAGAGCUCCAAUAGCCUCGAUGAGGAAAUGCCAUGUAAAUAAAAAAAAACCUAUCUAGCCCUGAGGUGGUACAGGAAAACCUUCGGGGGAGAAACAAAAAACUUCCUUCUUCGGUAAGGCAUCGUCAAGACCAACUUCAAAAAUAGAUAUAAGCCUUGUUUUCAGCUUCAUCAGGAUGGGUCAAACCUGCUCCAAAGGGAGUGCGCCUCGGAAUCCGUUUUUCGUCGACGUCACUAUUAUCUUAUUUAUUGUGAAGAGUUAGGAAUUCGAAUAUAAAGUUAUAUGCAUAACAGAUGAGCCGACUUCUCAUAUUUCUUCACAUUUUAAGGAAUGUUUGGACUGGAUAAAGACUGCUAUUAGCAAUGGCGGAGUUGUUUUAGUGCACUGCUUUGCUGGGGUUUCGAGAUCAUCAACAAUAAUAAUCGCUUAUCUUAUGAGAUAUCAUAACAUGAAUUUGAAAGAAGCAAUUUUGUAUGCAAAAUCCAAAAGACCUUGGAUAAAUCCAAAUUUUGGUUUCAUGGGACAGUUAAGAAGGUAUGAAAACUUUUUAAACAAUCAAAGGAAAAAAGGAGCGAUUGAAAAUUAG